GGUGUUUCGGCUGCAAGUGACAAUUGUGCUUUUGUUUUGCCUAGCAGGGAGGGGGGCAGGCGGGAAUUCGGCUGCCCAGAAAGCUGCCAGGAACUCUUUAUGCCACAAUUAAGCACCUGCUACAAGAGAGCAAAUAAGCCAAAUCAUGCGGCUGGCAAACAAGCUUUACGUGUUCCUUCCCCGUGACCCACUCCAAGAAGAAGAAAGCUCAAAGCUGCAGCUCGGCUGCUCGCAGCUCCCGUUGCAGGGAAAUAAAUAGCUUCGCCGCGAAGCCGAUAGCUUCGCUGCCGGCUCGCUGUCCCGCUGUGGGCACGGAGGCAGCCCCGGGAGCUGCCUAUGCCCGGCUCAAAAGCCAAAGGGCUUCCCCCUCCCCAAAUAAGCGACUCCAUCUCCUUCUGCUAUGGAGAGAGAGAUCCCCGUCCUGCGAGUUAGGUCCCAAUUAAUGGAUUCUGACAUGGAUUAUGAGAGGCCAAACGUAGAAACUAUCAAGUGCGUCGUGGUCGGGGACAACGCGGUGGGCAAGACCCGACUCAUCUGUGCCCGCGCCUGCAACGCCACGCUGACCCAGUACCAGCUCCUCGCCACCCACGUGCCCACGGUGUGGGCCAUCGACCAGUACCGCGUCUGCCAGGAGGUGCUGGAGCGCUCCCGGGAUGUGGUAGACGAUGUUAGCGUGUCCUUGCGGCUCUGGGACACUUUUGGUGACCACCACAAAGAUAGGCGCUUUGCCUAUGGCAGGUCCGACGUUGUGGUUUUGUGCUUCUCCAUCGCCAACCCCAACUCCCUGCACCAUGUGAAGACCAUGUGGUACCCAGAGAUCAAGCACUUCUGUCCCCGCGCGCCCGUCAUCCUGGUGGGCUGCCAGCUCGACCUGCGCUAUGCCGACCUGGAGGCCGUCAAUCGGGCACGGCGACCCUUGGCCAGGCCAAUCAAACCUAACGAGAUCCUUCCCCCGGAGAAGGGGAGGGAGGUAGCCAAGGAGCUGGGGAUCCCCUAUUACGAGACGAGCGUGGUGGCCCAGUUUGGCAUCAAGGACGUCUUCGACAAUGCCAUCCGUGCCGCCCUCAUCUCCCGCCGUCACCUGCAGUUCUGGAAGUCCCACCUCCGCAACGUGCAGCGGCCUCUUCUCCAAGCCCCCUUCCUGCCCCCCAGGCCCCCUCCACCCAUCAUCAUCGUCCCGGACCCCCCGUCCAACAACGAGGAGCGCCCAGCCCACCUCUUGGAGGACCCCCUGUGUGCAGACGUCAUCCUGGUGCUGCAAGAGAAGAUCAAAAUCUACGCACACAAGAUCUACCUCUCCACCUCCUCCUCCAAAUUUUACGACCUGUUCCUCAUGGACCUGAGCGAGGAGGACCAGCAGAGCGCCGCGGGCCAUGGCUUUGGGGUGGCUGUCACCGCGGCUGCUGAGCGGAUGCUGCACCAAGAGGAGAGGCACCACGGGCGGGAUUUCCUCCUCCGAGCCGCGAGCUUCGAUAUCUGCGAGAGCACCGAGGAGGCCGGAUCCGGCCAACGAAAACCGUGCCUUAGAGCCUCCACCAGUGAUGGGAUCCUGCGGGGCAACCGCUACGAGAACGGGGAGCGGGGGCUGCGGCGGGGAAGGGACCUUUCCUCUUGGAGCCGGGCUUUCACCAGCAUCCAGGAGGAGAUGGCAGAAGACCCGCUGACCUACAAGUCCAAGCUCAUGGUGGUGGUGAAGAUGGAUGCUUCCAUCCAGCCGGGUCCUUUCCGGGCCGUGCUGAAGUACCUGUACACAGGGGAGCUGGAUGAGAACGAGCGGGACCUCAUGCACAUUGCUCACAUCGCUGAGCUGCUGGAGGUCUUCGACCUCCGCAUGAUGGUGGCCAACAUCCUCAACAACGAGGCGUUCAUGAACCAGGAGAUCACCAAAGCCUUCCAUGUCCGGAGGACCAACCGGGUGAAGGAAUGCCUGGCCAAGGGGACUUUCUCGGAUGUCACCUUCGUGCUGGAUGACGGUGCUAUCAGUGCCCACAAGCCCCUGCUCAUCUCCAGCUGCGACUGGAUGGCCGCGAUGUUCGGCGGCCCCUUCGUGGAGAGCUCCACCAACGAGGUGGCACUUCCUUACACCAGCAAGAGCUGCAUGCGGGCGGUGCUGGAGUACCUCUACACGGGGCAGUUCAGCUCCAGCCCCGACCUUGACGAUAUGAAGCUCAUCAUCCUCGCCAACCGCCUCUGCCUGCCGCACCUGGUGGCUCUCACCGAGCAGUACACCGUCACCGGUCUGAUGGAGGCGGCGCAGAUGAUGGUGGACAUCGACGGGGACGUGCUCGUGUUCCUGGAGCUGGCUCAGUUCCACUGCGCCUACCAGCUUGCCGACUGGUGCCUCCAUCACAUCUGCACCAACUACAACAACGUCUGCCGCAAGUUCCCCCGGGAUAUGAAGGCCAUGUCAGGAGAGAACCAGGAGUACUUCGAGAAGCACCGCUGGCCGCCGGUGUGGUACCUGAAGGAGGAGGAUCACUACCAGCGGGCGAAGAAGGAGCGGGAGAAGGAAGACUACCUCCACCUCAAACGGCAGCCCAAGAGGCGAUGGCUCUUCUGGAAUGCCUCCACCUCCCCUUCCUCCUCUCCUUCAUCGUCGGCAGCCACAGCCUCCUCUUCCUCCUCCUCCUCCUCCUCCUCCUCAGCUGUGGUUUGAAAGCCCGUCCUUGCCCUGGCUCCAGCAUCCCUGGGAGGCGACGGGGAGGAGGAGGAGGAGGAGGAAGAGUGGGGUGAUCUGCCCCAGCAUCAGGCGUGGAGCGGACGCCACCGGCCGAAGCCCCAGAGGAGAUGGUGGUAGCAGGGGCCCGUCCCUGCGGAGGGGCUCGGGGUCGGGCGCCAGCCCCCGGCGCUCCUGGAGCCCUGCUCUCCCCGCGCCGCAGCUGGCAGCGCGCUGCAGGACUGGCAGAGACCGAGCAGCAGGAGAAACUCAUGUUUACAGGAGCACGAGGGCUGUGUUGUGGUUUUAUUUUGGUUUUUUUGGUUGGGUUUUUUUGGUUGGGUUUGGUUUUUUUGGUUUUUUUUUUUUUUUUGAACAUCAGCAGCAUGAGGAAGAAGAAGAAACCCAUCCCGCUUCCAGUUUAAUUUGUAACCACAGGCUGCGGGAUAUGGUUGGUUUGUCUGAUGGCAUCUCGCCACCCUGGGCAGCCGGAGCCGCUGGGGGGGGGUCCUGCCACCCCCUUCGACUUGCAGCAGGGUCAGGCAGGUGCAGGGGACCCCGGUCCCUAAAUGCUUCAAGGCACUGCAGCAUCCUUCCUUCUCCUCACAAGUGGGGUCUGUCCCAAUUCGGGGAGCAAGAGGGGACAGGAGCUCUCUCCUCUCUGCCUCUUAACUUUUUGGUUUAGUUUAAAAAAACUUAAAGCAAAAAAAAAAAAAAAAAACAAACCAACAAUCCCACACCCACCCAACCCUGCAACCUGCCACACCAGAAACCAACCCCAGGCCCUUGGCUUGGGAUUUUAGCCUGGAAGGCUCCAUUGUAAUAAAUGGUAUUUUAAAAGCCCAGCGUGGUCCCUGUGUGUUUGGGAGGAAGCGGCUGGACACAGGGCAGCCUUGUGCCCUGCUCGGGGUGACACCAGCACCCUUCCACCAGCGCUCCCGGGAUGGACAGGGACAGUGGAGAAGCGUUACAGGAUCCGGCCGUCAAAAAGCCUUGUACGAGAGAGGUGGCUUUACCAUCGGACUAACUUUGCGUGUCCCACCUGUGUCCUUGUAGGUGCACAAACACAGCGGGUACCAGCAGGAGAUGGCAGCAUGGGCCUAGGGGCUUUGCAGGACUUCCAGGCAGGGUGGGUGAGCAGAAGGGACCCAAACCUCCGCUCGCCCUCCCCAGCUGGGAACGGGAAAGCUCCUUUGAGCCCAUCCCUGGCAAAGAGGCUGCUGCCGGAGCGAGCACGUAGGGAUGCUCUGGCAGGGAUGCUCCCGGUGGUGUCCCCUCCUGCUCAGCAUCGCUCCUCUUCCCGGCUGGCCUCGGUAGAGCACCUCGGAGUCAUUCAUUUCGCACGCUCAUCCUCAGCCACAGAUGCAGGAGCAAGGUUGCAGCUCCAGUGAGCUUACACUCGGUGUUUUCACACUUUGCAGCACCAGCGAGGAGGUAGGACGAGAAGUUUCUUUCCCUUUCAAAUCUGGGCGCUCGCCACUGCUUCCGAGUCCUGUUUGCCUUCCCCAGGUCAGGACCCAAGCCCCUGUGUCCUGGCAUUAAAUCCUGCAUGUGCCUGGCUCUGCAGGAGCUCCCUGCCCAGGUUUGCAUGCUUGGGAGGCACGCGGGGGCUGCCCGGGACAGGACCUCGGGCACGAAGCCUCCUGGCAGGUCACCAAAAGCUCCUGCUUUUAGCACUUGCCCCAGCCCUGCGUUCUCGAUAAACCCAAUUGCAGUGCGAAGGCUGGCGGGCAGCUCAAGGGGGCUUUCUGGGGCGAGCAGAACCCUUUUCUCACUAAGCACUGCAUGGAUUUGCAACACGGCUAUUGCAACACACAGAGCCCUGGCUGGGUGUAGCCGGAGCGGGGAGCACCGCGGCCCCCCCCGGCAGCAGCAGCUCCGUCACGGGGGUCAGCAGCAUCGUUUGGCCCCGGGGUCCCAGCCCCUGCACACCCGAGGGACUGAGGUUUCAGCCUCCUGCUUUUGCAGGCGACUUAAAGAGCAUGGGAUUCAUGGCGUAGGUGUAAAGGCAGAGCCCAGGUUGGCUGCUGGGGACUUUUCCUGGCAGAAGCAUCGCUGGUGGGGACCGUUCCUGGCAGGAUGCCGGUGUGGCAGAGCACUAACGCCAUGGGCUGGGUCCUCAGUGCCACGCGGAGCAGCUGCUGAGCAUCUGGUCCAGCUCCUUUGGUGCCCACUGAAACCUAGAACAGACCAUCGCCAGCGUUAUGGCAGAGUAAGGGAAAAAAUAUUUUAAAAAAAGAUGAGAAAUCAGGAGGAUUUUUUAAAAGUUUAUUCUUCCUUCAUAAAGAGACAUGUAAAAACUGGAAAUAGCAAACUGGCUGGGCCAGAGCUCUGUAUAAAAACACACAAUCAUGCAUAGUAAAAAAACACUAUUUUUAUAUUAGCUUUUAAGUUAAUAUAUGUACAUGUUUACAAUUACUAAAUAAAUACAUAAAUACAAA